AUAUAUGAAUAUAUCAUUUAAACAUAAUAAAAAAAAAAAUAAUAUAACACUUAUUGUAUAAAUUUAUAUUAUUUUUUUCUUUCCUUAUUAUAUACUAAGUUAUUUUAUUCAAAUUUUUAAUGAGUUUCAUAUGUGUCUAAUCGGUAGACAUGUGUGUUUAAGCAAAGGGUACGAGUGUCCAUAUCUAAAAAUUUAUUUAAAAAAUAGAGCACAUUUUGACGAUAGUGGCUAACGAGUGUCAGUGUCCGACACAGAUACGACACGGAUAUGCCACCUACUUAGAAGUGUCUGUUCUUCUUAGGUGGUUAGUGUUCUACUCUUUUUACAAUUCCAGUCCUUUGGAAAGGACUUGCCUAGCAAGCAUUCCCUUUCCUAGUUGGACUAGGUUUAACCCUAAACCAUAACCUUUAGGAAGCUAAAUUCUUUCCUAACACCAAUUCACCUUUUGACUAGGAUUUGACCACCGUUUUACACAGGGCUCUCUCAGAUUCUUCCAUGUGCCCUGCUCGGAUCUGCACAAGCAGAUCUUGUCACCUCAUCCGAGCUGGACCUUGUUCAAUUUGGUGCUAAUUUUACCUCCCACAGUGAAACUUUGAUUCCCAUCUUUUAUAUCUUUCAGUCUCCUUUCUUCUUCUUUCCCCAUCACCUCAAAAUUCAGUUGUGAAACUAAGUGGGUUAUGCAGGAGAUGUGCAUGGAGCAACUGCUAGUGCUGGUUUGCGGUUCACGUGAUUGCUGCAUGGCUUCUUUGUUUCCAGGCGUAAAUCGAUUUUUGUUUGUUUGUUUGAGUCAAUCAAACCUGUGUUUUGGAUCAAAGGUUAGCAGAUUUUUUUUAUAAAAUAUUUGGGAGAAAAACAAAAUAAAUGUUGUGCAGGGGAAAAUGUUGCAAAAACCUCCAAGGAUAGAUCUGGAGUGAAUGAAACGAAUGCAUCCUUAACGUUGAAGAAAGAAUAAGGUCUCGAUAUUUUUUACUAGUGUCAUAUGCAUGCAUGUAAAGUUACUGCAAUCCUUAUUUUCCUGGUAUUUUGUUUUUAAUCUAAUGAAGCUGGUGGUUUUGUCAGAAAUAAUUAAGUUGACUGGCCUUGGGACCUCGUAGCUUUCUGCUUUGGACACUAUCAUGAGAUGGCACAUAGACUAAAUGGAGGAGAUGAAGUAGAAAUUGAGCCCGAUCCUGCAACAUGGACAGCCUUAGAGGAGGAACUUUAUAUUCAGUUAAUGGUGAAAGAGGUUCACGAAGGGAAUAGAUCAGCAACCACCUUUUCAAGGAAAGGUUGGAAACAAAUUGAACAAGAGUUCUGUGAGAAAACCAACAAGAGGUACAACAAUUCUCAGUUUAGAAAUAAGUUUAACCAGCUGAGAACCCGUUUUAAUGAUUUUAGUAAGCUGUUGAAGGAACCUGGGUUUACUUGGGAACCCGUGCUCAGUACUGUAACUGCAACUGAUGCUGUUUGGGAAUCAUACAUAAAGGGAAACAAAAAUGUGAAGAGAUUUCGGAAAAAAGGGUGCCCAAUGUUUAAUGAGUUAGGAAUCAUAUUUGGGGACCCAACAUCAAGUUACAAAGAUGUAUUUCCAUUAGCUCAGUAUCCAAUGGUCAGUGAAUAUAACUUGGACGUAGAAGAUGAGUCAACAAAUGCUACUCCAUCCGCUUUCCCAAGUGACAGUAGCAAUGGUAGAGAUUUUCCCUCGCAAAGUACUAGACGCCGUCGCCAACGAUCUUCCACUCCUACAAGCCAUCUUAGAGGGAAGAGGGAGGCAAGAACAGCAGUGGAGGGUGAGGCAUUGAAGGAAUGGACUGAAGCUACAGUUCCCUCGGGGAUUUCUGAUAGAAAAUGGGCUGAAACUAGUAAGGUAAUGACCCCAACUUUCCAUAAACUUGAGACAUCUUCCCAAGCUAGUCCAUUCUCAAUUACCAAUUGUGUCAAGUGUCUAGAAGCGAUUGAAGGAGUGGAUUCAAGUACCUACAUAAAGGCAAUCAAGAUGUUUAAGGAUUUAGAUUGGAGGGAGAUGUUUAUGGCAAUGUCUCCCGAAAGAAGAUUGGUUUGGUUGGCUAGCUUAGAGUAGUUUUGGUUGCUAUGAUUUUAGGUGUCUUAAUCUGUCUAUGGAACAUGUUGAGAUAUUUCAACAUUAAUAUGCAUUCAGUGCCAACAUGUACACUUGCACCUUUUUGUGUGGCACGUAAUUCUUAGUCUGAUGGGACGGGUUAAGAUGUUGGAGCAAUAAAAGGUGUAGGAGUAACCUAAUCUCAAUUCGAACAGAAUGUAAAGUGCUUGUUAUUUAAAAAUGCCGUUAUUGAUCAAUGUACAAAACUGCCAUCUUGAUUUCAUUGUAAACUUGUGGUUAACUCGUGUGUUGUACUGAUCAGAGAAUGUAAGAGAUCUAUUUGAUUGUUAUCUUGAAUUGAUUCGGAUGUAAUUUUCUUUCCUGAUAAA